AUGCCAUUCGAAAUUGAAGAGUCCGUGUUUUAUGGCGAAUCAGUCCAAAUGACCUGCCAUGCUAGCAAAGGGGACAGACCAAUGUCCAUAUUCUGGACAUUUGGGGGCCAAGAUCUUUCUACAGUUUCGGGAAUCAAGACACUGAAGAUAGCAGAACAAACGUCUAUUUUAACUAUUGCCUCUGUAACUGGUGCUCAUAGUGGCAAUUAUACGUGUAUUGCUAAAAAUAAAGCCGGCGAACAUAGAUAUUCAACACCUCUACAUGUUAAUGUUCCUCCCGUGGUCCAACCAUUUACGUUUGGAGAAGUUGCAAUGAAUUCUGGGCAAGUCGUAACCGCAGCUUGUUCAGUUAUCGAGGGAGACCAUCCCCUUCAACUGCGAUGGCUAUUCGACGAUGAACCUAUAAAACCAAGAUCAGGGGUAACAGUAUUUAAUAUUGGAGAAAGAAGCGCUAUUCUUAGUAUCGGUUCCGUAAUGCACAAUCAUGCUGGCAACUAUACUUGUGUUGCAGAAAAUGAAGCGGGAAUCCAUUCGCACACCGCGAUAUUAUUCAUAAAUGAAAAUAACGAUAUUCUUCCAGUACCCCCAAACAUUCUACCGUUUUCAUUCGGCGAAAAACCUGCAAAUGUCGGAGAAUACUUACAAGCGGCAUGCACAGUAAAUUUUGGUGACCUCCCUCUUACCAUAACUUGGACGUUUAAUAACCAGUUAAUAUCACAAAGAAACAAUGACUAUUCAAUGACGAACUCUAAACGUAGUAGUUUACUUAUUAUCGAGUCUGUCGAUGCAAAACAUGCAGGCUCAUACAUGUGCAUUGGUGAAAAUCGUGCCGGACGUACUACACAUUCUGCAGAUUUAGUUGUUUACGUUCCGCCCCUGAUAGUACCAUUCAGUUUCGGAGAGGUGCCGUCCAAUCCUGGGGAUGCUGUGGUAGUAAACUGCGUUGCAACUAAAGGAGACCUGCCUCUUGAAAUUUCAUGGACUUUUAGCAGCGAAACUAUUGAUUCAAGUUUACAUCGAGACAUUAUGACUACUCCAUUGGGUCCAAGAGCCUCUGUCCUAACAAUCAACUCCGUGAGCGCAAACCACCAGGGAAACUAUACGUGUAUCGUACAAAAUGCGGCCGGUCGCGCUGAACAUGCGGCGACUUUAGUCGUAAAUGUACUACCCCGCAUUGUUCCAUUUGCCUUUGAAUCUCCUCUUUAUGCGGGACAGGCGAGUCAGGUUACUUGUUUGAUUUCUGAGGGCGAUCUUCCUCUUGACAUUCAAUGGUACUUUAAUGAACGUCCAUUAAAAGAAGUGGCGGGUGUUAUGGCCACCAAAAUAGCACAAAGGGCGUCACUACUCCUGAUUGACCCGGCAGGGUGGUCACACAGCGGCACUUACGUAUGUCUUGCGCGCAAUGCCGCUGGUUCUUCCAACUAUUCCGCCUCAUUAGAAGUACACGUUCCCCCUCGUUGGAUUUUGGAACCAACUGAUAAGGCUUUUGCCCAAGGCUCUGAUGCUAAAGUUGAAUGUAAGGCCGAUGGCUUCCCCAAGCCCCAAGUUACAUGGAAGAGGGCUGAAGGGGAUACGCCCGGCGAUUACAAAGACCUUAAGCCCAAUAAUCCUAACGUAAAAGUUGAAGAUGGUACAUUGACUAUUGCAAACAUUCAAAAGACCAACGAAGGAUAUUAUCUUUGCGAAGCCGUUAAUGGUAUUGGCUCCGGAUUAUCUGCUGUUAUUCUGAUUAGCGUGCAAGCUCCACCUCAGUUCGAAAUUAAAAUGCGAAACCAAACCGCUCGACGAAGUGAACCAGCUGUCUUGCAAUGCCAGGCUAAGGGAGAAAAGCCAAUUGGAAUCAUCUGGAACAUGAACAACAAACGUCUCGAACCCAAAUCCGAUCCCCGAUACACGAUUCGUGAAGAGAUCCUGCCCGGAGGUGUUGUGUCUGACCUAAGCAUCCGAAGAACUGAACGUUCUGACAGCGCCCUCUUUACCUGUGUCGCUACUAACGCUUUUGGAUCUGACGAUACUAGCAUUAACAUGAUUAUUCAAGAGGUACCCGAGGCUCCCUAUGGCUUGAAAGUAUUGGACAAAUCUGGAAGGACUGUUCAGCUUUCUUGGGCUGCCCCUUACGAUGGAAACUCACCAAUUAAGAAGUUCCUUAUCGAAUACAAACGCGCCAAGGGCAACUGGGAGAAGGAUAUCGAUAGAGUACUCGUACCAGGAGACACCACCGAGGCAGGAGUAUUCAGCUUAAAACCAGCUACGGCUUACCACAUUAGGAUUGUCGCUGAAAACGAACUGGGAACCUCCGAACCAUCUGAAACCGUGACUAUCAUCACCGCUGAAGAAGCACCCACUGGAAUGCCACAAGACGUUAAAGUUGAUGCCGUCGAUAAACACACCCUCCGCGUCACCUGGAAACCACCCCAGCCUCAUGAUUGGAAUGGCGAACUACAAGGAUACUAUGUAGGCUACAAACUGGCGUCCAGCAACAAGUCUUUCGUUUUCGAAACUGUAGACAUCUCAAAGGAAUCUGGCAAGGAACAUCAUCUUGACAUCUUUAAUCUGAAAACAUACACCCAAUACACGAUCGUAGUGCAGGCCUUCAACAAGAUGGGCUCAGGUCCGAUAUCCACGGAAGUACGCGCGUACACCGCCGAAGGAGCCCCCUCAGCGCCCCCACAGGACGUCCUCUGCACCACCCUCACUGCGCAAACUAUCAGAGUUUCUUGGGUCUCCCCUCCUCUUGCCGCUGCUAAUGGACUUAUCAAAGCGUACAAAGUUGUCUAUGGCCCCAGCGAUACUUGGUAUGACGAGAAGACCAAAGACACAAAGAUCACAGCCAGUAGCGAAACCAUUCUCCACGGAUUAAAGAAGUUCACUAAUUACUCUAUGGAAGUGCUCGCAACCACCAAUGGAGGAGAUGGUGUCCGGUCUGCCCCUAUCCACUGCCAGACUGAACAAGACGUGCCCGAAGCCCCACGCGCAGUCAAAGCCUUAGUAAUGGGAGCGGAAUCAAUUCUCGUAUCGUGGAGGCCCCCGGCGCAGCCCAACGGCGUCGUCACCCACUACAACGUCUACACACAAGCCCAAAACGCAGAGCCACAUCCCAACAAGGUACCCGCCUCUCAAACCAGCUACUCGGCGACGGAGCUGAAGGCCGGCCGCUACGACUUCUGGGUGACCGCUUCCACCAUCAUUGGAGAAGGACAACCUUCAGCCACCGCCUCUUGCAGCCCCAGCGACAAAGUACCCGCCAAGAUCGCAUCUUUCGACGAAUCAUUCACCGCCACCUAUAAGGAAGAUGUCAAGUUGCCCUGCCUCGCUGUUGGUGUUCCUCCUCCUAAUAUUUUGUGGAAGGUCAAGGGCCAGCCGCUGGAAGCGUCGGAGCGCGUGCGCCAGCUGCCGGAGGGCUCGCUGCAGAUCGCGGGCGUGGCGCGCGAGGACGCCGGCGAGUACUCCUGCCACGUCGACAACCAGUUCGGCACCGACACUGUCACACACACGCUCUCCGUGUUGGCCCCUCCCUUCCCCCCACAACUGAGCAUCGCGUCGUCGUCCGUGUCGUCGCUCACGCUGCGCCUGAAGCCGUCCCUGGAGGCGGAGCAGUCGCCCGCCGCCGGGUACACCAUACACUACAAGCAGGAGUUUGGCGACUGGGAGACCGUUCAGAUUCCAAGCAACACUGAUACCUAUACUCUAGAAAACUUGUUCUGCGGAUCCAGAUAUCAACUCUAUGUUACCGCUUAUAACGGCAUCGGCACCGGCGAGGCGUCGGACGUGGUGAUCGCUCGCACGCGCGGCUCCAAGCCGCCGGUGCCGCGCGCCGCAGACUUCAUCGAGGUCGGCUCCUCCUCCGUCACGCUGCACCUCAAGCAGUGGCUCGACGGCGGCUGUCCCAUGAGCCACUUCGUUGUUGAGAACAAGAAGAAGGGAGCUGCUGAAUGGAACCAGAUUUCGAACGCUGUCAAACCCGGUGGAAACUUUGUUGUACUUGACCUGGAACCCGCUACCUGGUACGUGCUGAGGAUCACCGCCCACAACAACGCCGGAUUUAACGUCGCCGAAUACGAAUUCGCUACCCUUACGAUGACCGGAGGUACCGUCGCCCCCGCGCGUGAGCUCGGCGACGGCGCCCUCACGCCCGAGCAAACGUUAAAGAUCAUCCUGUCCCACUUAAACCUGAUCGUGCCCGUCGUCGCCGCCAUAUUGGUGAUUUUUUAUGUGAUGAUGUGUUUAGGAACGAUAGCGCCGUUGCCCGGCAACGCGGACGGGGAUAAGGAGCUGCCCCCGUGGGUGAGGGCGUGGCUGGAGCCCGAGGUGCUGGUGCCCAUCCUGGCCACGGUGGUGGUGUUCAUCGUGGGCAUGGUGGUCAUCUGCCUGACGCUCGCGCGCCGCAACACCCCCCACCGCCUGCGAGGUCAGAAGGACGAGUUCUACGACGCGGUGUACAACACGUCGGCGCCGAUGGGCGGCGCGGGCGGCACGCUGGACAAGCGCGGCGGCCUGCGCGACGAGCUCGGCUACAUCGCGCCGCCCAACCGCAAGCUGCCGCCCGUGCCCGGCUCCAACUACAACACCUGCGACCGCGUCAAGCGCCAGGCCGUCAUCAUGGGCGCGCACUCCACGUGGGACCCGCGCAGGCACCACUACGAGCGCGUGCGGCGCCCGCGCAUGCGCAGGGCCGGCUCCGGCGACACCAUCUCCACAGGCAUGGAAGAUGAAAUCUGCCCCUACGCAACGUUCCACCUGCUAGGAUUCCGUGAAGAGAUGGACCCCAGCAAGGCUAUCGCGUUCCCGCACCACCACCCCUCGCACGCCGGCACGCUGGCGCACCCCCACCCGCACCCCCACCACCCCGCUCACUCCCGCGCCGGAUCACAGAGCAUGCCACGAGCCAACAGCCGCUACGCACGCAAGAACUCCCAGGGUGGACAGAGCGCCAUCUACUCCACCGCCCCCGAGUACGACGACCCCGCCACCUGCGCUGAAGAGGACCAAUACCGCGCUCGCUACUCGCGGCCGAUGUACGCGUGCGGGCCGGAGUACGACGAGCCCGCGUGCUGCGCGCCCGAGGACGAGCAGUACACCGGCGCCUACGGCACGCCCUACUCCGACCACUACGGAUCCCGCCCCAGCAUUGGAACCCGCAAGUGCGGCAGCUCCCCCGAGCCGCCCCCGCCCCCGCCCCGCAACAACACCGACAACAACUGCUCCUCCUCCUUCAACGAGAGCAAGGACUCCAACGAGAUCUCCGAGGCCGAGUGCGACCAGCCCCGCAACUACCCCGUAAGGGCCCACACUGCCAAGGACGGCUUGCACAGCGACGAAAUGAGGAAACUCAUUGACAGACCAGAAGCAAACACCCCAAUCCCCCAGCAAGCAGUCCACGGGCGAGGACUCACAGCCUACGAUACUGUGGCAGUG